AUGGAUGUCUUUCUUCUUAAAUUUAAUUUUUCUUUUCUUCUGAACCAUUUUUUUUCCUUUUUCUUUCUAUUACAUUUUUCUUUAACCUCUUCCCGUUCCUUAUCACGUCUUUCUUCAUUUUUAUCGAUACUUUCUUCUUCUUCUUCUUCUUCUUCUUCUUCUUCUUCUUCUUCUUCUUCCUUCUUCUUCUUUGCUGAUUUUCUUCUGUUUCCUCUUCUUUUUUCUUUCCUCCAUUUUCCUGAUUUUCAGCCAUUAUUGUUUCAUCUUUUCUUCUUUCUUGAUUUUCGGUUUUGUUUUCAAUCCUUCUCUUUUCGCCCGCCUUCUCUUUCCCGUUUAUUCUCUUCUUCUUCUUCUUCUUCUUCUUCUUCUUCUUCUUCUUCUUCUUCUUCUUCUUCUUUCCUUUUGGCUCUUCUUUCUUUCCAUCGCUCCUUCUCUUUCUUAUUUUCAUCAUUUCAAGCAUUUUCCUUCACCCCAUCCGAAUCUUUUCAAAACGUCCUCCUCUCUUUACUUUCUUCUACUCUUUUUCCUUCAUUCUCAUUUUGUCUUUCUCUUUCUCUUUUCCCGCUCCUCCUCCACCAGUUUCGUUCUUAUCUCUUUCUCCUUUUCUCUUCAUCUCCUCUUUUUUUUUACCUCGUCUCUAAUUUAACCAGAAGCGAUCGACAAUGA